UUUUGCGCUCAAGACAAUGAGUUAAUUAAGUUAAGUCUAUAAUUUAUCGUUUUAUAAUAUUGGCUAAUUGUAACGUUAACUUCAUAGGGUAUCGAAGGACUUGAAGAUAGUUGUGGAUAGACCUUCAAAUCCCACGUGACUUCGGCCGGCCACUUAUCGCUGAAUUACGGUCGAUUGUUUAAUAAAAUAUCGGAAAGAGAGAUGGCGGAUGCUUCGUUCCGUGGUAAAGUGGUCAUUGUAACCGGUGCCAGCUCAGGGAUAGGUGCAGAGACGGCCAGGCACUUCUACAAAGCUGGUGCCAGUUUGUUGUUGACGGGAAGGAACGCCGAGAAUUUGCAGAAGGUCUCAUCCCAAUGCGGCGACGCCCCGACCGUCAUUGGCGACCUCGCGACUCAGACCGACCUUGGGAAGAAAAUCGUCGAUGAGACCAUGGCCAAUUAUGGUAAGGUGGACGUUCUCGUCAACAACGCCGGCACCAUGGAAAUGGGAACCAUAGAGAACACCUCGCUCGAACAGUUCGACAGAGUGUUCAACGUCAACGUGAGAGCUAUUUACGGGCUGACGGCUUUGGUCGUUCCUCAUCUGGUCAAGACGAAAGGGUCCAUCGUGAAUGUUUCGAGCGUGUGCGGACUCAGGGCUUUCCCGGGCGUCCUCAGCUACUGCAUGUCCAAAAGCGCCUUGGACCAAUUCACGAGAUGCGUCGCUUUGGAGCUGGCUCCUAAAGGGGUGAGGGUCAACGCGGUCAACCCCGGGGUCAUAGUCACACCGCUCCAGCGGAGAGGCGGCCUCGAUGAUAAGCAGUACCAAGAGUUCCUGGAAAAAUCCAAAACCACCCACGCUCUGGGCAGGCCGGGAGAGGUGAACGAGGUGGCAGAGGCGAUAUUGUUUUUGGCUAGUGACAAAGCUUCAUUUAUAACGGGGGAAACGUUGGCUGUGGAUGGUGGACGGCAUGCAAUGUGUCCACGAUAAAAAAAACAACUAAACAUUUGUACCAACAAUUCUAAUAAAAAAAUUGUUAAUUUCUUUA